AAUCAUAUGACCUUUGUUUAUCGUCAUCGAUGGAAUUAUGUGUGUAUGCAGAUAACAUGAAGUUUGUUGUGAUGAAAUCAAUUAGUCACAUUUUGUUAAUAGGACUGACAUUCAGUUGUGUGCAAUCAGAUGUACCCUAUAAAGAGCAAUAUUUUGAUCAAACAAUUGAUCAUUUUAACUUUGUUUCUUAUGGUCAGCAGACAUUUAAACAAAGAUAUUUGUUGCAAGAUAAAUGGUUCGAUGCUGUAAAUAAAGGACCAAUAUUUUUCUAUACUGGAAAUGAAGGGCCAAUCACUGGUUUCUGGAAUAACACUGGCUUUGUUUUUGAUAUAGCUCCGCAGUUUGGGGCAUUAGUCGUUUUUGCUGAACAUAGAUUUUAUGGCAAAAGUUUGCCAUUUGGAGAUGAUAGUUUUAAAGGAAACAAUAUUGGACUACUAACCAUAGAACAAGCUUUGGCAGAUUAUGCAGUUCUUAUUAAUAAAAUUAAACAAACCUAUAAAGCAAAAAAAUCGGCAGUGAUUACAUUUGGUGGCAGCUAUGGUGGUAUGUUGAGUGCAUAUAUGAGAUUUAAAUAUCCUAAUCUAGUAGAUGGAGCUAUAGCAGCUAGUGCCCCGAUUUACCUGAUGUCUAAUGUAAUUGAUCCAUCUCAGUUCUUUGUUAGGGUAACUGCGGAUUUCAAACAGUCUAAUCCAGUUUGUUCUGCUAAUAUAAGAAAAGCUUUCACCACUAUGAAGAGUAUGGCAAGUAGUGGACAGGCAGGUUUAAAAACAUUGUCAGAAAAAUUUAGGCUAUGCAGCCAGUUAAAUGAAACAGGUUAUAAUCACAUGGUUGGAUGGAUUAGAAAUGCCUUUGUAUCUUUAGCCAUGUUUGAUUAUCCAUAUCCAACCAACUUUGAGUCGGAGAUACCAGCUUUUCCCGUUGAUAAGUCAUGUGGCUUUAUGGUUAAUGCAACUGACACUGUGACUGGAUUAGCUCAGAUUACAGCUUUGUUUUAUAAUGGUACUAAUGGUAAGCUGCCAUGUUUUGAUAUUUGGGAGGAGUAUGUGGAAUGUGCUGAUCCCAGUGGAUGUGGUUUGGGUCCUGAUAGCUUGGCUUGGGAUAUUCAGGCUUGCUCAGAAGUACCAAUGUUAUUUUCUACUGAUGGCCAGCAGGAUAUGUUUCCACCUAAACCAUACACUGCGCAAAUGCGAGUCGAUUAUUGUAAAACUAAAUGGGGAAUAGUCCCUAGAGAUCAAUGGGCAGGUUUAAGCUUAUGGGGGCAAGACAUACUCUCCUCAUCUAAUAUAGUUUUUUCAAAUGGUGGUAAAGAUCCAUGGGCUUUUGCUGGGGUUUUGCAUAAUUUAUCUGCUAAUUUGACAAGUGUCAUUAUUCCUGAUGGAGGACAUCAUUUGGAUUUAAGGGGCCAUAAUGUGAACGAUCCUCCUGAUGUAUUUAAAGCAAGAGAACUUGAAAAAUACAACAUUAGACUCUGGAUUAAUACAGCCUUUUUAAGAAAUAAAAAUAACUAAAAAAAAUAUGUUAUAUACUGUAUUAUUGUAUAUUUGUUGAAUAAAUUAAUCUUUUUGUUA